CCUAAUUUCUUGGUAUUUGUGCAGUCCAUGAUUUUUUAUUUAUGUUUUAUGUUUUUUCAUUCUCAUAUUGUUUUCAUUACAUUCACUGAUUAUGUUCUCCUGCCUCCAUUAAUGAUCCCAACAUUUCUUCCUUCAUGUUUUCCAUCGUUCUCUUCUAAUCCUUCUGCUUGAAGACAGUGAUCAGGACGCCAGCUGUCUCUCCUCCUUCUGAACAUCCCGGAGCGUGAUAGGGAGGGGAAAUAUCUGCACGAUGCCAGCAGGUUGUUCUGGAGCUGCACACAUGGCAGCACAUGAACCUGAGAUUAAGAGCAGUGUCUCCUUCAUACCAUGCUUCCUAUUUGUAGAGCUUGUCCUCAUGGCCGGCACAGUUAUCCUCUCCUACCACUUUGAAUACACAGACACCUUCCCAGUCCAUUCCCAGGGAUUCUUCUGCUAUGACAGUACCUUGUCCAAACCUUAUCCAGGUCCAGAAAGUGCCAGCCGAGUACCUCCACGUCUCCUGUACCUGCUGAUUACUGUGCUGCCAGUCCUUACGAUCCUGCUGGGAGAAGUCUGCACGGCCCUUAUCAAUCCACGUUGGAGUAGUAGGGAGAAGAUAAUUUCUUGUGGAGAUUGUUGCUUCUUCAAUCCUCUUCUGCGCCAAAUUGUCAGGAUCUUGGGGCUUUUCUCAUUUGGUCUGUUUUGUACUGUAAUCUUUGCUGGAGCUGUUCAGACAGUCACUGGUAACCAGGCCCCUCAUUUCCUGUCUGUCUGCCGCCCCAAUUACACUGCCCUUGGGUGCAAGUCCCACAUGCAAUAUAUAUCUUCACCCUAUGCCUGCAACGGGGAUCCUGAUCUGAUCACCGAGGCUCGUAAAGCCUUCCCUUCGAAACCCGCAGCUCUCGGGGCUUAUUCUGCAGUUUACACAACGAUGUACGUCACCCUCGUUCUGAAAGUGAAGGGUUCCCGGCUGGUGAAGCCCUCCCUGUGCCUGGCAAUGCUGUCUCCUUCAUGGCUUCUAUGUUUGCUGCGCGUUGCUGAAUAUCGUAACCAUUGGAGAGAUGUUCUUGCUGGUACCAUAACUGGAGCAGCCAUUGCUGUUUUUCUGGUACCUCCGUCGAUGGAUGCUCCUAGCGCUUCCCGAGGACUCCAAGCACUCCACUUGACACCGUAACCUGUGUACUGAAUAACUUUGGGAGCUCCUCACCAGAAGAGGGAGACCUGAUCCAGAAAG